AGGUUGCAUAUUUAAAGGAACUCAGUAGAACGUUUAACAAAAUAUCAAUCAGCCAGAAAAUUUGCAAAUUUAGAUGUUCAUUAUUUUAACUGAAAAUCUAGAAUCAUGAUGAAUUUUUUGAAUUUCUUAACGAUCCUGUUAUUUGCCAGUACGACUCGAACCGAGCUGAUUGCAAAGGGGGACAAAAAGGUCCUCGUCCUGUUGGACAAUGCUAAUAUUAAGGAGACCCAUUCAAAGUUUUUCAAAUCGUUAACAGACAAAGGAUUUGAGUUGGAUUUCAAGCAGGCCGAUGCGGCUUCCCUGACAUUGUUUAAAUACGGAGAACGCCUGUACAACCAUAUAAUAAUUUUUGCGCCGUCUGUGGAUGAAUUCGGUGGGCAGGUUAAAGUGGAAGCCUUGGCCAACUUUGUUGAUGAUGGUGGAAAUUUACUUGUGGCAGCCGGAGACAAUUUGGGCGAAGCGAUCCGCGAUUUGACAGCUGAAUUUGGAUUCGAACUGGACGAAGAUACCAGUCGCGUUGUGGAUCAUUUUCACUAUGACGCAAAACUGGACGACGGCUGGCAUUCGACGGUUAUUGCUGACUCUGCAGCCCUGCUAAAAGCACCGACCAUUGUCGGCAAGCCCGCGAAUGCUCCUUUGCUCUUCCGUGGUGUCGCUUUGCUGCCGGACAAGGAAAAUCCGCUUGUUUUGGAAAUUUUAAGAGCGCCUUCCACGGCAUACUCGCAUCAUCCUACCCGUCCGAUUUCUUUGUUUCCUUCCGGAAUCGGCCGGAAUAUUGCUCUUAUUGGAGCACUGCAAGCCAGGAAUAAUGCCCGUGUUGUGGUUUCCGGUUCCUUGGAAUUUUUUAGUAACCAGUUCUUCGAUGCCACCGUUAAUCCGGCUGAGGGAGAAAAUCAGGGAUCUUCUUCGCAAUCCGGAAAGGCAGGAAACGCCGACCUGGCGAUCGCGCUGGCAAACUGGGUGUUCAAAGAAUCUGGCGUGUUGAAAGUGGGAGCUGUGCGACACUAUCGCGAAGGAGAAUUCUCUGAGCCAGCCGAUUACACGAUCAAAGAUAAUGUUGUGUAUACCAUUGAAAUUACCGAAAAACAAGGUGACAAAUGGGUGCCUUACCACGGUGAAGACGUACAGCUCGAAUUUGUUCGUAUUGAUCCUUUCGUUCGCACGAAAUUGACAAGAAAAGAUGGAAAGUUUGUCGCCCACUUUGUGGUUCCCGAUGUUUACGGUGUCUACCAAUUCAAAGUGGAUUAUGACAGAUUGGGAUACACUCACUUAUUUUCGACUACACAAGUAUCCGUGCGCCCAUAUAAGCAUACCGAAUACGAAAGAUUCAUCGGAUCUGCAUUCCCGUAUUAUAUAAGUGCUUUAUCAAUGAUUGCGGGCACUUUCUUAUUUGUGAUAGUGUUUAACAGCUUUAAAGAUGACGAACCGGCAUCAGUGCCGGCUAAGCUUAAGAAGGAGCAGUAAGUGAUGUUUUUUUGGCUACGAGCAUUCGACGAGCUCGCAGCACCAUUAUUUUGUUGUUAUUGAUUUUAUUGGUUUCGAUGACUUAUAAUUUCAUUUUGAGUCAAAGAAAAGUUUUGUGAUGGUCCGGGCCUGACGUAAUUUGUUACGGGCCUUACGGCGUCAUUGUUUUAUUUACAAAAUAUUUGUACAAGGCG